AUGGCUACAGCGGACGAGCUCAAAGCUCUUGGCAACAAAGCCAUCGCCGAAAAGAACUUUGACGAUGCCAUGCAAGUCCCCCCGCCGCCCGAGGAGGAAGAUGGAUAUACCCACAUGCUGACAGCCGGCAGCGACAAGUUCACACAGGCCAUCGCCCUGCAGCCCGAGAACCACAUCCUGUACAGCAACCGAUCCGCCGCACAUGCCUCCAAGAAGCAGUGGGCCGAGGCUCUCAAGGACGCGGAGAAGACGACGGAGAUCAAGGCCGACUGGGCCAAGGGCUGGGGACGCAAGGGCGCGGCGUUGCACGGCAUGGGCGACCUGCUGGGCGCAAACGAUGCGUACGAGGAGGGCCUGAAGCACGACGCGAACAACGCCCAGCUCAAGAGUGGUCUGGCCUCGGUGGAGAAGGCGAUGCAGCAAGAGUCCGGAGGCUUCGGAUCCGACCCGACGGGCGGCCUGGGCCAGAUGUUCAACGACCCCAACCUCGUGCAAAAGCUCGCGGCGAACCCCAAGACGGCGCCGUACCUGGCCGACCCGGCCUUCAUGGCGAGGCUGCAGGCGAUGCAGACGGACCCGCAGAACACGCAGGACCUGUUUAGCGACCCCAGGAUGAUCCAGGUGCUCGGCGUCAUGAUGGGCGUCGACAUGCAGGUGCGCGACAGCGACCCCGGCCAGGACGCGAGCAUGCCGGACGCGGCCGAGGCGACGCGCGAGCCGGCCAAGGCGGCUCCCCGGGAGCCCACGCCGGAGCCGGAGGAGGUCGACCCGGAGCUUCUGGAGAAGCAGCGGAAGAAGGCGGCGGCCGACGAGGAGAAGGCUCUGGGCACGCAGUGCUACAAGCAGCGCAAGUUUGACGAGGCCAUCGCCCACUACGGCAAGGCCUGGGAGAUGUUCAAGGACAUCACCUACCUCAACAACCUCGGCGCGGCGCACUUUGAGAAGGGCGACUACGACAAGUGCAUCGAGGCCUGCCACCAGGCCAUCGAGGAGGGUCGGCAGAUCUACGCCGACUUCAAGAUCAUCGCCAAGAGCUACGCGCGCAUCGGCAGCGCCCACGAGAAGAAGGGCGACCUCGCCCAGGCGGUGGAGAACUUCAAGCGGUCGCUGACGGAGCACCGGACGCCCGAGGUGCUCAACAAGCUCCGGGCGGCCGAGCGGACCGAGGCGGAGAACACGAAGAAGGCGUACGUGGACCCGGCCAAGGCCGACGAGGCGCGCGAGGACGGCAACAAGAAGUUCAAGGAGAUGGACUUUCCCGGCGCCGUCGCCGCCUACUCGGAAAUGGUCAAGCGGGCGCCCGAGGACCCGAGGGGCUACAGCAACCGUGCGGCGGCCUUUAUAAAGCUCUUCGAAUUCCCGAGCGCGCUCGACGACUGCAACGCGGCCAUCAAGCGGGAUGGCCAGUUCAUCCGGGCCUACAUCCGCAAGGCCCAGGCCUUUUUCGGCAUGCGCAAGUACUCGGAGUGCGUCGACGCCUGCACCGAGGCGCAGCAGGUCGACCAGGAGCACCACGGCGGCGCCAACGCGCGCGAGAUUGAGCAGCAGUCGCAAAAGGCCCUGGCCGCCAUGUACGCGGCUCGAGACAACGAGACGGAGGAGGAGACGCGCGCGCGCGUGACGCAGGAUCCCGAAAUCAUGGGCAUCAUGCAAGACCCCGUCAUGCAGUCCAUCCUCCAGCAGGCGCAGUCGGACCCGAAGGCGCUGCAGGAGCACAUGCGCAACCCGAACGUGCGCACCAAGAUUCAGAAGCUCAUGGCCGCCGGCGUCAUUCGCGUCGGACGAUAG